UAGAAGCUUACCUGCCGCACCUUCGCUCCAUCCUUCUCUAUAACAUAGCAAAUGUAAAGGGAAUUGGAAACUCCAACAGGACUAAAAUGGUGUUCACUGCAACAAUCAUCGGAUCAACUUAUUAAAUAUGGGGUUCCGUAAUGCCAGAGUUUCUAAUUCCUGAGGUAGGUCAACUAAAACCUUGACUCGGUUACAAGUGUUACAAACUUAGAAGAGUACCUGUUGUUGUUCUUGUUCUUGUUACACCAAUUACGAGCUAGUUCCCUUUUUUUUUCAUUAUUACCAAGUCUUCUACCUAAGCAAUCCUCUUACUUGUAAAUCUUUAGUCUAAGAUUAGAUUUUUGCCAAACCUAAUUGGGUGAACUGAGCUGGGGUUAUGUUGUAGGUGCAAGAAAUAAUGUGCCCAUUGCUUGUUCAUUUUAGUUUCCUGGGUUCCAUAUAGGUGACUGUAGUUAGUUUUGGUUCAAGAAAGUUGAAGAAACAGGUGCUUCUAGCAUGCCCAUUUCCUAAAAUGUCUUGGAUACAAUCUCAAAUCAAGCUAAAAGAUGGUGGUUUGAGUUACCAUCCUCACUCUCUACUUUCUUCUCCGUAUUCUUCUUCUUCUUCUUUCUCCUCUCCUCCAUUCUCCUACAGUAAUGAUAACCAAAAGCAGCCAAACUCCCUUUCGUCAUCAUCUUCAGCUAGUAAAAUAAGCCCUGCUGUUUUGUUCAUCAUUGUUAUUCUGGCUGUUAUAUUUUUCAUAUCUGGCCUUCUUCACUUGCUUGUCAGAUUUCUUAUGAAGCAUAGGUCUCCCUCAUCUGUAUCAGAAUCCAACAGAUACCCAGAAAUGUCAGGGUCUGAUGCUUUCCAAAGGCAGUUGCAACAACUCUUCCAUCUUCAUGAUUCGGGUCUGGAUCAAGCUUUCAUAGAUGCUCUACCUGUGUUUCUAUAUAAGGAAAUAAUGGGGUUGAAAGAGCCAUUUGAUUGUGCGGUUUGUCUUUGUGAAUUCUUGGAACAAGAUAAGUUGAGAUUGCUUCCUAUGUGUAGUCAUGCUUUCCAUAUAGGCUGUAUAGACACAUGGUUGAUGUCUAACUCUACUUGCCCUCUUUGUAGAGGGACCCUUUUCACACCUGGGCUUCCAAUUGAAAACCCAGCUUUUGAUUUGGAAUAUCCAAGGGAAGAAAACAUGUUAUCAAGCAAUGGAGGAAGUGGGGUGUCUCUUGGCCCAAAACCUUCAGAGAGUGACAUUGGAAAGAGGGUGUUUUCUGUGAGACUAGGCAAAUUUAGAAGUUCAAAUGAUGGAAGUGGAGGGGAAGUAGGAGGUGGAGAAGGUGUAUUAAGAGAAGGGGAGACCAGUAGCAGUAAUUUGGAUGCAAGGAGAUGUUACUCAAUGGGGUCAUUCCAAUAUGUGGUUGCUGAUGAGUUGCAAGUAGCUCUUUGCCCUUCUAGAGGUGGCAAUGGUACUGCUAGUAUGAAGUUUGUGAAGGGAAGAAUUGGACAAACUGGGAAUUCAUCAAAUGAUGGUGAUGUUAAGGGAAAAAGGAUUAACUUGACAAGUAAAGGUGAAAGCUUUUCUGUAUCCAAGAUCUGGCAAUCGUCUAAGAAAGAUGAAGUGCAGGAGCUGGAGCCAAAGGUGACAGCUAUUUGAUUGAGCCCAAAGUCAAAACAAAAGUGAUGGCAUGAGCAAUGCUAGAGUGGCAGGCAUGACGGGGGAUUUGGUAAGCUAAGUGAUCAUAGUAGUACCAACUACAUGAGAGAGAAGCACGUAAGUCAAAAGUACAUAGCAAUCCAAAUCAAUCUUUUUACAUGCUCAAAGAUACAGUUACAAAGACAAACCGACAGCAUGCAUUAUUGAGAUAUUGAUAGAAGAAUCCAAGGUCUCUUCUGUCACAUUUUUAACCACUCUGCUCACCCUCAUUUCAAUUUACACUUAUUAUUUUAACCAUCUGGUGAGCCAACCCCAUUUGAGACUUGAAGCUCUAGGUAGCGAUCUUAAAGAGUAGCAGCAUCUGGCACAUGCUUUGGGGAGAUAAAAGGCAUCCCAUGUGCAUUUAAAAAUAACAAUAUUGCAUUGGGGUUUUACAUUUUGAAAUGCUCAUUGCAUUCUUCUCUCCCUAAUAAAUUUUAUAUUUAUAAUAAAACACCUCUGUCCCA